ACGGUAGCAACACCGCCGUUGGUUUCUGCGCAGACAAGCCACUCAUCCUCUUCUGUCGCAAUGUUGCACCUUCGCCUUGUCGUACUGUUGGCUGUGUGCCUCGCUCUGGGCGCUUCUGAGAGACUUAGCUGCAAGUAUUACUGCCCUGGCCCCUACCCAGGCCUGCACGCAUGCUGUGACCCGAGCCCGAGACCUGGGAGCUGCCCGUCGCCUCCGAGGUGCACAGACUUCUUUGACGGAAACGUUCCUACUUGCUACAUCGACAGCGACUGUCCCCGGAACGAGAAAUGUUGCGAGGACGCUUGCAAUGCCGGGAAGAUCUGUAUUUCGGUGUAUGGUCUGGGACACUAGUUUUGUUGCAGUAUUGGUUGCAAUGGACUGUUUAUAGCAAUAAAGUGUAUUGAAGUUUAUAACUUCCUUUCAUUA